AUGGAUGAUAAACCUGACCCUGAGCGUAAAGACAACAUGUCUGCGGCUGCCCAAUCACUGGAUCCCAGUGUCUCUGAGAAGUCCAUCAAGCCCACUGAGGCCAUGACUGGUGACAGUGUCACUGCUAACAUUGAUCCCAUCAUCCUGGACCAGGAGCAUGGCGAAGCUACCAAGGGAGGCAUCGUCGGUUCUUCUCCGGAGUCGGAUGCUAAAUUGCCUCGCAUUGAGGAUGCCCGUGUUCAUUUUAUUGAUCCGGUCACUCUUGCGAAGCCUGAGCUCAAGGAGUCGGACGCUGCAUCCCAGACUGAGCAUAAUGUCGAGGACCCUUUGGUCAGUUCGGACCAGGAGCCCAACAAGCAGGUCCUAGCUAAGGAUGACCCUGAAGGCGCUUUGCCGAAAGCAAUUGAUUUUGCCGUCGUUGCAAAAGAGUCGGAAAGCAUUGCAGGCCCUUCGCAUGAGAAGGGCGGUACGGUCUCGGAGAACGAGCCCAAGGUUGGAUUCAAGCAUGAUCCUGCCGAGGAAAAGUUUCUCGCAAACGUUGAACUUGACGUUGGUACAAAGAAAAAGAAGAAGAACAAGAGACGCCCCAAGAGUCAGAGAGGAGAAAACGCACCCUCGGGAUUCGAACCCUUCUAUGCCGACGCACCAAUGACUCCACAGGAGUUCCAGGAGAACAAGACCAUCUAUGAUCCUGCUUUGCCAAUUCUUGAUCGAAUUGACGAGGCCAUCAAGCGCUUCUUGUACAAGCGACGCCUUGAGCCUUACAGACGUAAGGUCUUCCUCAAGUACCUGCAGUACGGCGGUGUCAGCGUGGGCCCCAAUCAUUCCCAGGGUGUGACUCCUUCGGAGUUGAAGGAAAUGACCAAAGAGGAAGCAAUGCAGGCUCGCAGCAACACGGCCAUCUUCCCCAGACAGGGAAAACCAUACCCAAUCUCCUUCAACAGCGUUGCCACUGGCUACUUGACUGGGUUCUACAUGGGCUACUACAAUCCUGACACCGAGGACGAAAUCAAAGUGUGCACUGACACUAUGAAGAACUUCUUUACUUACCUGCUCUACCACGAUGUUUGUCCCGAGCAGACAGAGGAUCUCGAGGAAGCCCGAAAGACUUGCGAUCGGGCUACCAAGGAGUUGUGGAUGAACCAGCAACUUGUUCAUCAUCGAGGCCCCGGAGACUUCAACCGCGGCUGCUCCGUGCUGUUUGGUGGCUACUACUUUGAAGAUGUUGAUGACCCGGACGCAUGGACCAAUGUUCGAUACGCUGAUCAAGUGGUUUUCACCGCUGAUAUGGCUCGCAAGGUCGUCAAGUAUGCUAUUGCAAUUGCUGGGAAUGACCGGACUGCUCGCAAAUUCAAGAUUCUUGUUGACAUGGACAUGACCACAGCCAAGCAGGUCCCAGACAUCGAUGGUUUCGAGAUCAUCUCUGUGGAGGAACCUACCCAGGAAACCAUCGCUUACUACAAUGAGCUGUGCCCCGACCUCAGCCCAGUUGGCAAGAUUCGAGCCAAGGAAUUCCGUGAUCCUGCUAGAGGUCCCUUUGACCUCGCUCCCUGGGAGAAAAUCGACUGGGAUGCUGGUUUUGCCCCGACCUACGAGUUCGAAUUCCUCGUUGAAGCUGAGCUGCUUGUCCAUAUGUUGCCCGGCAUGAAGAUCAUCGCGAAUGUCUUUGAGACCAACUUCGGACAGCACUAUUUCGAUGAAGUCAUGGCGGUCCUGCCAAGCUUCUACAAGUUCCUGUACAACGACUGGAUGCUGGACUAUGACGAGCCCGUGCCUGUUAACUUCAUCCCCGAUGAAGAGGAAGUCGCACGCCGUCGCGCAAAGGAGUCCAUUAUGAGCCCUCCUGAGCCCACCCCGGCUGAGUGGGCUAUGCACAUGCUGACACACGAGUUGACCUUCCAUCUCAAGCCGGGUGAUGAUGCCAUGGUUGCUGUCUGGCAAAUUAUCCGUACCCUUGAGGCCUUCGGCUGGGACCUGGAGGAAGUCAAGGACUUGAUGGGCGUGGUGGAUCCGAAUCCGCGCAAAGGUAAGGAGAAGUCGACCGAGGGAGAGCAGUCCCGCACGCGCCUUAGCAGUGAGCCCCGCAACAUUCCUCUUUUUGAGACCCCUAAGGAGACCCUUGAUCGCACUAUCAAUCAUUUCCAGAACCCGGAAAAGAUCAAGCCUAAUAUCGCACCGGAGGUCAUCGCCAAGUUCCUCAAGGAAAAAAAGGAGCAGCUUGAAAAGGAACAGGCCCAGCGAGGAGGCCGGACUUCGGAGAAGAAGGUUGCGAAGGGCAAGGAGCCCGAGCGACAGCCCGGUAAAGGACCAACAAACAACCGAGGAACCCAGACUACUUCGAAGGAGCAGAUUAUUGCGGAGGCCCAGGAGCCGAAGGGACCGACAGAGACUUCGAAGGAGCAGGCUGUUGAGAAAAAGGAGGAAAUCAAGGGCGCACUGGAGGGAGACAACUAG